GGAAGUGGAGGUCUGUUUCUAAACAAAUUCCAAAAUGGCGGCUACCGUGAAGAAACAUGGAAUUCGUAAAAGACGUUUUCCGCAAAGCGCUACAAGGCAUGCGUUAGCUUCACCCUAUCUUCUUGAAUGGCCUGCACUGAAAAAAGGAGAGGGUAAAGUGAUUAUUAAUGAGAUUAUUAGGGUACUUGAACCACUUCAAUUUGAACAACUGUGUACUAAAUCAAGGAAAGCUUCUGAACAAAAUGAGAAGGAUAGAAUAAAGCACCUGAGAUCAGGCCUUCUAUUGGGCCUUUCAAAUGUUAUAAAAGGCUUGGAAAGAGGAACUGUCAGAUUGGUGUUGGUUGACCAUGCUAUUGAACCUCCUGCUCUUCUUCAGCAUCUUCUCCUGUUGUGUGCAACGAGGAAGGCUCCUGCUUGUGCCAUAACUGGUAUGAGUGACUCAAGAGUACCACAUGUGCUUGGGGUUCGCAAGUUGGCAGCUUUUGCUUUUAAGAACGCUGAUGUCCCAACAAUAUACGAUGGCUUGGUUGAUUAUAUCAUAAUAAGAAUUUUGCCUCUGGAUGUACCCUGGCUUCUUUCUAGUAGAGAGCAUGGAGAAACUCCUCCCGCCAUGAACACUGCUGAGGGAGAGGAUUCUGAUAAACAUUUGCCAGGUAUGCAGAAUAUGGAAAGGAAAAAAAUUAGAUUUCAAAUGCAAGAAAAUAGUAAUGGUGGCAAAGGGUUCCAGUUGGCAUAUUCACAAGUUGGUACCAAUGCUAAUGAAAAUUUGCACAUUGGUGAAAGCAAAUCAGCAAUUUUGCAAGGUGCUGGGGAUUCCAGUUGUAAUUUUUCAAGCACUGACGAGGCCAACGGAAUUUUACCUGGGACAAGUGCUUCUUUUGUCAGUUUGCAAGAUGCUAGUACAAAUAUGUCACUAGCUGAUGGAAGCCCAUCAAGCAGAGGCAAUACUGCUUUAAACUCAUCAGAUAUCAGUACAGACAGUAAAUCCAAACUGCAGUGUGGUGGUAAUUAUGCUAGAAAUUCUCAAGGAAAUCCUGAGGAUACCCAACGUAGCAGUGGUGCCAAAUUUAACAGAGACCACGGUAAAGGAAGAAGACAUGGACAGCCAAGUUUAGUUUAUCUAAGACCUUUUGUAAAGAGCUAUGACAUAGAGAAGGAAAAACUAUCCAAGUAGAUUAUCGGAUGGUGUUUUGACCAGAACGUUUACCAUUGAUUGUUGUUGUUGUGAAAAAAAUUCUUUUAUUGCAGCUGAACUGCGAGUAUCAUUUUUUUUUUUUACUUUAAUAUUAACUGUAGGUCAAAAUGUGAUUUAUUUCAUUUGAUUGUGAUCAGAUUCCUUUACGAAGAAGGAAUGAAGAACUUACUCAAAUUUCCCUCACUCUCGAGAUGUGGCUUGCGAGCUACUUCAGUUGGUCUAGAACUCAACUUUUACCUGACAGAGCUGAAUAACUUAUACGCAUGCGCCAGGUUUUGCCGCGGAAACACGGAUUUUGAGUCGUUCGCAUGGUU